AUGACUUCUAACCAAAAUACAGAUACUCAAACUCUUAGAACAACACAAAAUAUUACAGACGAAACUGCUCCUAUGGAAAUAGAAGCUACUACAUCCACCCAUAUUCUAUCUAACUCUGAACAAGACGUUACAUCACGUGAUUUGCAAAAAGAAAAUGAUAUUCAUACACAAACACCAAUUACAUCAACCAUACAAGAAUCUACUUAUAUGGAAGAAGAUCAUAUUGAACUUAACACAAAUAAAGGAAAAUCAGCAGAAUAUCAAACAAACACACAAAAUGAAUUACCAGAUAAAAUACACUUUACUAUGCUCAACAACCUAUUUGAACAAACGCCACAAGACUUAAACAAAGCACACAAAGCAUUCGUCCCUAAAGACAGCUUUCAACCAAACAUCAGUAACAAUGAUAUCAUCAACAUCUUAAAAACCGCAUUUAUCAAUGAUAAUAAUGCAUUCAAAUUUGAAGUCAACGUCCUAUCAACAUAUAGAUAUUUCACCAUAUACUUUAGAACACGUGACUCCCUUGAACAAUAUAUCAAGAACAGUCCACCCUCGUUAAAAAAUAUAAAAAUCUACGAACUUAAUAAAACUACUAUCAACACAUUAAUUGAACAAAAAUUCAAAAAUCUAGAUAACGCUGUUAUCAAAAUCAUGGAUAUUCCAUACAACUACGACACCAAGAUGUUACUCAAACAUCUCGCCAAUAAAACCAGCAGCGCAAUUCUCGAACACACAGAAAUCAAAAAACCUCCUAGAAAAAUUCCUAAUCGCAAUAACCAAAAGAAACCAAUCUUUAUAAAACCUGCAUACAAACAACUAAUAGUACGAUUCCAAAAACAAACAGCAUAUGAUUACUUCAUGAAGGAAGAUUAUUGGAGCUUAGAAAUUGAAAAUUUCCUUGUAAGAAUCCUUCCAGGCAACUCUGAAGACCAAGAAUACAAAAAACGUACUAGUAAAUUUUUUAAAAUCACAGGACUACCAAUUAAUACAACGGUUAGAGACAUCGACCCAAUUAUAAAACACGUAUACGGGCGUACAUGCACAUUUACACAACCCUCAAAAUAUUCAACAAUGAAAAACGCAUAUGUUUAUGUACACCCGGAUAACUACCCAAAAGAUGUAAAUAGUAUAGUUAGCACACCAUUUAAUGGGUCGCUAGUAUAUAUACAUCCAUGUUCUUUAUCACCAAAAACAUGUAACAUUUGUGGAUCACAUACACAUACUAUACAAAACUGUGACGAAAAAAAUUUUAUUUUAGAUAAAAACAAUAGAAAAAUAUUUACAAAACGAAUUAUCAAACGAAAUGACGAAAAAAUCACUAUCAACGAAGACUAUAAAUCAAAAUUUAGUCACGUUAUCACUCUUAACGCUACCAAUGCACGCCACAACGAAUAUCAAAACCAUACUCGUCCACAACAACAAAUGUCCAGACAAAAUCAAAACAAAUACAUAUCUCCAUUUUCACAACAUAAGGAACAAAACACUCCUCAUGAUCAAUUUAGACAAAACGAGCGCUAUCCAACAUCAAAACGACAAAAUAAUGACUACACAUCCGACAUAUCAACACAAGAUAAAAUCCGUAACCUAGAAAACCAAGUAGCUACAUUAACAGAAAAAAUCAAUAAAAUGGAAAACAUUCUUAAUCAAAACAACCUGCAAAUGGACAACAUUCAGAAAAAUUAUACGACUAUCCCGGAAUCAAAUUUCAAUAUAGUCAAUUCUAAACAAGACAGAUACGAUGAAAUUUUACAAAGACUCACGGAUAACUUAGCUAAACUUAGCGACAAAAUAAUUGACAAUGAACGAUCAAUCAAAUCACCUAAACGUUCCUCUCCAUAUGAUAAAUCCUCAUACGAACAAACAAAAAGAAAAUACCAUCUAAGAUCUAACAAACAAUCACGUGCGUCAGCAGAAGAUAGCGAUGCUGUUCCAGCAACUGAUGAAGAUUUAGAUCUUCAAGAUACCACCACAUUAACUGACAACACGACAUAUGAAGGAAUAAUCGAACCAGACUCAGAUUACACUCCAAACACUUCCACAUUUAUGGCAUCAUCUUACAAUCCUUUAAACAUAAUCUCAGGAAUGACUACACGUAAAUAA